CGAGUAACAUCCUCGGCAUCUCCAAGUGAAUCAAGGAAAGAAUAAACACCGAUGGAGACGAAUCUUGUCCUUUUGCACUUUAUUUAGGUACUCUUCAACCCCAACUUUUUAUCUCCAUUCUCAUCACUCACCGAUCCUCCGUCCCACAAGAUGCCCGGCAGUUCGAGAAUGCCCGUGAGCUUGCGCAAUAGCUUCACCGUCACAAAGGGUUCUUCAAGUAGCAGCCAAUUACUGGCGCUGAAUAUUGAUAUGUAUGUACUUAUUCCUAUGUUCUUGGACCCACCGUGUAUGCGAUAAGCUAUACGAUGUGUUUGUUGUAUCUUGUCAGUGAUGGAGUAAAAUUUAUUGAUCUUGUUUUAGACUUCGAAAUGCCGUAUUCUUUUUGUUCCUGCUGAGAUGGACGAGGAAGUGCUUUUUGAAGUUGAAAGGACGGGGAGUUUUUGGUAGUUUCACGGACGCAUAUAUUUCGGUUCGCAGGACACUCUAUGGAUUAUUCUUACGAGCACCCGGUGUGCGAUCUCAAGUACAGAAGCAAGUCUCCGAGGCAAUUACGAAGCUGCAAGGGAAGUUGGUACCGUCUGGACCGGGUGUGGUACGAUAUUUGACGCUGCCGAAGGAAGGAUGGUCUGAAGAAACGGUCAUGAAGGAGUUGGAGGUUCUGGCCAAUAUGGAUCAUACCAGAUGGGAGGACGGGUUUGUCUCUGGUGCUGUGUACCAUGGAGGGGAUUCGUUGAUGAAGAUACAAACAGAAGCGUUCGGAAAGUUUACAGUCGCAAAUCCUAUCCAUCCGGAUGUUUUCCCAGGAGUGAGAAAGAUGGAGGCGGAGAUCGUGGCGAUGGUUUUGUCGAUGUUUAAUGCUCCUCCAGGGGCCGCCGGUGUUACGACUAGUGGAGGUACAGAGUCUAUUUUGAUGGCUUGCUUAAGUGCUAGGCAAAAGGCUUAUGCCGAAAGACGUGUAAAGGAACCAGAAAUGUCAGUAGAUCCACGGGUAUGCCAUUCACAUUUCUAUACUAAUCAAUGUUUAGGAUCCUCCCAGAAACAGCACACACAGCCUUCCGCAAAGCAGGUCAAUAUUUCGGUAUCAAAGUUCACCUCGUCGCUUGUCCCGCUCCAUCUUACCAAGUCCAUCUUCCAAGCGUAUCUCGCCUCAUCAACAGCAACACCGUCCUACUAGUUGGCUCCGCCCCAAAUUUCCCUCAUGGACUUAUGGAUGACAUAACCGGCCUUUCCAGGCUCGCUGCCAAACGCAAGAUCCCACUCCACGUCGAUUGCUGCCUCGGAUCAUUCCUUGUUCCUUUCCUCGAGAAGGCCGGAUUCGAGACCGAUCUCUUUGACUUCCGUCUUAGGGGUGUUACAAGUAUCAGUUGUGACACUCACAAAUAUGGAUUCGCGCCCAAAGGUAACUCGACUGUUCUCUACCGGACCGCAGCCUUGAGAACCUACCAAUACUUUAUCUCCCCUGACUGGUCAGGUGGUGUAUAUGCCUCUCCAUCUAUCGCCGGGUCUCGUCCUGGUGCUCUCAUUGCCGGAUGCUGGGCUUCCCUCAUGAGUGUUGGGGAAACUGGUUACAUCAAUGCCUGUACCGAGAUUGUGGGAGCUACCAAAAAAAUCAUUGAUGCCAUAAACGAAAACCCCUCUCUCAACGGCGAUCUUCAUAUCCUCGGUAAACCACUUGUUUCCGUUGUAGCUUUCACAUCCAAGACACUCGAUAUUUACGAUAUCGCCGAUGCCAUGUCGGCAAAAGGAUGGCACUUGAAUUCAUUACAAAGCCCACCGGCUAUACACGUAGCCGUCACUUUACCAAUUGUCAAGGUGAGGGAAAAGUUAAUCGAAGAUUUGAUAGCCGUCAUAGAAGGAGAAAAGGAGAAGGAGAGAGUCAGGAUUGUGGAAGGUAAAGGAGCGAAGGGAAAGAGUUUGGGGGAUUCAGCAGCCUUGUAUGGAGUUGCGGGCAGUUUACCAAAUAAGAGCGUGGUGGUUGAAUUAGCGAGUGGAUUUUUGGAUACCUUGUACAAAGCUUAGCGAGUUUAUUAUUGGAAGAGUUUGGUGAAGAUUUGGAGAUUGAGAGGGGGUACACAACAUUGUCUUGAAAUUUUGUAGAUACGAUGAGCAUGUGAGCGAUAUUUUAUUACGCCUCGAUACGGCGCUUUUUCAAUAGUAUUUCUAUUUAUACCCUAGUG